GGGGUUUUUUUUUUAGCUUCCCACAGAUACCGCGGAGAGAGAAACGCAACACUUGAUUAUUUCUGUUUUUUUCGACCUUCUUCCAAAAAGUUUAGAAACAGUGUAAACUAAAAGCUGAAUUGUCAUUAAAAUUCAGUACUACAAAGCCAGCGCUGUUGUGGCAUCUGUCCUCCGGCAGUGCCAGCAGGUGAGAUGAGAGCGUGUUAGCCGAGGAUGGAGGCUUUAACCGGGGACCACCAUGGCAGCUCUGACCGUGUGGCGUUACACCAGCGGCCGUGUCCUGGGUGGCUGGGGGCCGUUGUUGUGCGUUUUGAUUGGUUCUCUUGUGGGCCUCCUGAUGCCUCUGGUGGGAGUAGACGACAAGUGCUGCGCUGCACUAAAAGGCAUUGCUCACCUGCGCUGUCAGCUUUGGGGUAGACCUCCACCGCCUGCUACUGUCCAGUCCACGAGCCUGACGAUCCCUUUCACUGCGCUGGACCUGCUGCCUCAGAAGAGCAAGCCCAGCAAAGAUAUGGUGCUUGAAGCCAAAGCAGCUCUUCAGCAGGCCCAGGAGAUGAAAAAGGCUGGGAAAAGGGAAAAGGCUCAUAAGCUCCUUGUGCAUGCUUUAAGCAUGAAUCCAGAUUUUGUGGAAGCCCUGACAGAGCUGGGAACUAUACUGGAAGAGGAAAAGGAUGUCAUCCAAGCAGACCACCUCUACACUAAAGCUCUGGCGAUUUCUCCAUGUAAUGAGCGAGCUCUGAUCAGUCGCGACCGAACUCUUCCCUUGGUGGAGGAGAUUGACCAGCGUCACUUCAGCAUUAUUGAUAGUAAAGUGCGGAGGCUUAUGUCCAUUCCUAAAGGUAACUCUGCUCUGAGGCGAGUAAUGGAGGAGACCUACUACCAUCAUAUUUAUCACACUGUAGCCAUAGAAGGCAGCACUCUCACUUUGUCUGAAAUCCGUCACAUCAUUGAAACCCGAUACGCUGUGCCAGGGAAGAGCCUUCAGGAGCAGAAUGAGGCGAUUGGUGUAGAUGUGGCUAUGAAGUACAUCAACACAACACUUUUAUCCAGGACUGGACCCAUCACAGUACAUGAUAUUCUUGAGAUUCACCGGCGUGUGCUGGGCUUUGUGGACCCUGUAGAAGGAGGUAGGCUACGGACCAGUCAGGUGUUUGUUGGACAUCAUAUUCCGCCCCAUCCACAGGACCUUCAGAGGCACAUGCAGGAGCUGGUGCAGUGGCUCAACUCUGAGGAGGCGCUGCAACUCCACCCGGUGGAGUAUGCAGCCCUUGCCCACUACAAACUAGUGUAUGUACACCCAUUUGUAGAUGGCAAUGGACGCACAUCUCGACUACUAAUGAACUUGGUUCUCAUGAAAGCCAGGUACCCACCUAUUACCAUUCGCAAAGAGCAAAGAGCUGAAUACUAUGCAGCUUUGGAUACUGCAAAUGAAGGGGAUGUCCGGCCUUUUAUUCGCUUCAUCGCCAAAUGCACAGAGAUAACAUUGGACACACUGUUGAUUUCUACAACAGAACAUGCAGUAGGGCUGCCAGGGACCAGCCAGCACCCAGUUUGUUUAGACUGCAAGCAAACCAUUCCUGUCCACUGAAUCUUUGACAACUUUUCUGCACAUUAUAAUGGCAUGCACAUUUGUUUUUAAAGAAAAACCUAAUAUAUUUUUUUAAUUUA